GUUCCAGAAAAUAGGACUGACCAAGAAGCAGAAAAGCAAGAUGAAUGAUGUGAAGCUUGCUGUCUUGGGUGGUGAAGGAACAGGCAAAUCUGGUCCUUACAUCCUUAAAUAACUGCAAAUACUUGGUAGUGUCUUUGUGGCUAUUACACAUAGUACCUUGAAGCCAGACUGAGUUUGACAGAGAAAAUAAACAGAUGUCAAACUUCUUGCAUCUCAAAUAUAAUGAGAAAUCUGUUUCUGUUACAAAAGCCCUUACAGUGAGGUUUCUUACUAAGCGAUUCAUUGGAGAAUAUGCUUCUAAUUUUGAAUCUAUCUAUAAGAAGCACUUGUGUUUGGAAAGGAAACAACUAAAUCUAGAAAUAUAUGACCCUUGUUCUCAAACACAGAAAGCAAAAUUCUCCCUCACAAGUGAGCUUCACUGGGCAGAUGGGUUUGUUAUUGUGUAUGACAUCAGUGAUAGGUCUUCAUUUGCUUUUGCAAAAGCACUGAUCUACAGAAUCCGGGAGCCACAAACUAGUCAUUGUAAAAGAGCUGUGGAAUCAGCAGUGUUUUUGGUUGGCAACAAACGAGAUCUUUGUCAUGUGCGAGAGGUUGGCUGGGAAGAAGGGCAAAAGCUGGCACUGGAAAACCGAUGCCAAUUCUGUGAACUGUCUGCAGCAGAGCAGUCUCUGGAGGUGGAAAUGAUGUUUAUCAGAAUUAUCAAGGACAUCCUGAUAAACUUCAAACUCAAAGAAAAGAGACGUCCUAGUGGAUCUAAAUCAAUGGCCAAAUUGAUCAAUAAUGUAUUUGGAAAGAGAAGGAAAUCUGUUUAGUAGACAGGUAAUCCUGGGAGAUUGGUUAUAUCAGAGAGUUUCAAACAUUCACAUUAUAAUUAAACUAACCUUUGUAUGCAAUUUUUUUUUGGUUAAAAGAAUUCUCUUGGAGAUAUGAAAUGAUUGAGUAUGAACCACAGCUGUGUUUUCAAAUAUGUAGUUUGCCUUUUUGGUUGUUGUAUCCUGCUCACUCUCCUUCACACAGAACCUUUCAUUUAUUGUACAACAUUGCACUCACCCUAACCUGCUGGCGGACAGCGAUCCCAGUUUGCCUUGCCAAAUAAACUCUGUUUAUGUGAAUUUAUUAAAUGACCAUGCCAU